CAAAUUGUAUUUCGGCCGCGAAGUUGACGCCUCCCCCCUCGGCGGCGAGGUUCCGACGAAACUCUUCACAAAUCUUUUCUCCGGCGAAAUCGAGUUCUCCACCACUGCUUAAAGGGAAAAAUGAUGAACUAAGCAAAAGUAGGAAAAGCAAUGAAGACUAAUUUGGGGAAUACUCCAAGAAAAAAGCUUGGUGAUAUCAGCAACUUACCGCUGCAAAAGAUAUUCACUAGCCAAGAUAAGAAGCCAGAACAUAUCCUAACUGCUUCUAAAGAGUAUAUAGAAAUGAUCCAGAAGGAAAAUCUGGUGUUGAUGAAAAUGUUAGCAGAAAGAAACAAAAUCAUUGAAAUUACUGGAGUAGAUAUAGAGAAACUGAGAACUAAUGUGCAGAAAUUGCAGCAACAAAAUCAGCAGCAUGCUCAAGCAAACAAUAAAAUGCUUGCGGAACUAAAUUCAAAUAAAGAUAGGCUAAAAACAUUACAACAUGAGUUUGGAUGCACAAAGAGUUUACUUAAGGCUAGAAAGUCUGAAGCAGAGGAGCAACCAAGAACAAAUAUGUGCCAAAAUCUGAAUGAUGAGGUGAAAUCCAUGAAGUGUGAGGAGACAGGAGAUUUACUGUUAGGAAAUGGAGAUGAUGAGAAAGCUAUAAAUCUUAAAAGAAGGCCUUGGUCGAAGAGUGUGGGCUCUUCUGAGCAAGUUCAAUAUGAGGAUAAGGCGGGAAACAAAAGACCUUGUAUAAGGAGGCAAUCUGCUCGGCUUAAUACUAAGGCACUGAAACUCAAAUGAAGAUUCUUUUGAUGUACAAGACAAAUGUGCUUUGCACCCUCCAACAAGUGAUCCAGUGCUAGAAAAUGGUUUGAACUCCAUUAGCAUAUCAUCUGAUGGUCUAGAGUGCAAUCCUUUAUUGAGGUUUGAACCUGUACAUUUUGGACUAUCAUCUCUGCGUAGGCCAUCAAGGGAGGCAGCUAAGAAAAUCCAGUCAUACAAGAAAAUUUCUGUGAACAUAAAAAUAUAAAAACCACAAUGAACAACGUGCUCAGUGUAAUAACCUCUUCGAUAUCUGAGCAAGUGCUGAAUGGUAAGAUUCUUCUUUGUA